AUGACCGAUAUUAAAACCUAUUAUAUAGCUCCUCAAGAUAAUAAUGAUAUAUAUUCCCAUAGUAGUAGAUCACCAUUUUUAAAUCAACAACAACAACAACAACAACAAAAUAAUGGUGGAAAUCAAAAUAAUAACAAUAAUAAUUCCAACAACAACAACAAUAAUAAUAAUAAUGGAAGUUUAAUGAAUCUAGUUCAAUCAAAUUAUAAUAAUAAUAAUAAUAAUAAUAAUAAUAAUAAUAAUAAUAAUAAUAAUAAUAAUAAUAAUAGUGAUCACCACCACAAUAAUAAUGGCCAUGGACCAAUGAAUAUUAAUAAUCAUGGUCAUGGUCAUGGUGGUAGUUCUCUUACAUCACUUUCUUCCAUCUCGUCUGAUGCAUUGUUGAAAAGAGAUUCACCAACACCACCCAACAUUUAUCAACAUACAACAAAUACCAAAAAGGAUCUACAUUUCGAAUAUCCUCCCAUAGUCGACUAUGUUUUACCUCAACUCAAUAGUAGUAAUACUUCUAUUGUUGCAGCUCCAACCUCUUCCCAAUCUUCAUCCUCGUCGUCAUCGUCCAUCAAUUAUUCACCACCAUAUUCGUUUCGAAAUGACCAAAUAUUAUUCGCUCCAUCAGCCAAUCAUAUGAACCAAAAUAAUAAUAAUAAUAAUAAUAAUAAUAAUAAUAAUAAUAAUAAUAAUAAUAAUAAUAAUAAUAAUAAUAAUAAUAAUAAUAAUAACGGUAAUAUUAAUAAUUUCUAUAAACCACCACCAAUGAUGUUCCAAAAUCAACAUUAUAAUGAUUUUCCAACCAACAUUACUACUACUACCACCUCAUCGAACCCUUUGACAACAUCAUCAUCAACUUCUACGACUACUACUACUUCUUCCACCUCUUCAUCUUCUUCUAAUCAUCAUCAUCAACAUCAUCAUCAUCAACCACAAAGCCAAACCCAACAAGCAUACAACUAUGAAGAAUAUCUUAAAGUACUAGUACUUAAUUGUAGCAAGUGUAAUCAUUUUAUUCAAAUUAGUUCCGAAAAAAUGUUGGAAAAUCAUAUAGAUGUACUACCAGGACCAGAAGAUAAAAGUUAUGAAUUUAGAUGCCCACCAUGUAUUAAAUCUACCAAUGGGAGCUUCUUUUUCAAACACAUAUCAAAGACAUGGAAAGAAAUGAUUCAUACUUCUUUAUUUAAUCUAGAAAGAGAAAAGAAUUAUAGAUUCUCUCACUAUAGAGAAGUAAUUACCUAUGUUCAUAGAAAUCCACAAUUUUUAUUAUCUGAUAAAGAAAAAGCUGAAAUUGGAAAGAUGAAAAAUGUAAUUACAGCAACACUAUCAUAUAAUCGAAAGAUAUUUGUAUCAUUUGCAAGAGAUUCUGGUAUGUGGUCCAAUUUUAGAGAAGGUGAUGAAGUUUUGGAAGAUGAUAAAGGUUUAUUGGUUUGGAACGAAAAAGCCCUUUUGAAAAGAAAAUCAUCUGAUUCUUUACUUGAUGAUGUUAGCUUUACUUUGGAAUGUAGACUUUGUACUACUAAAGUCACUUUUGAUGUUAAAAAUUUGGAUGGUUCAAAAGUAUUACCUGGACCAAAUGAUCCAAGAUUUGAAUUUUUUUGUGCAUCUUGUAAUGGAGGAAAACCUAGAAUCAAUCAUCAACCCAAAUCGUGGAAGGAAGUGGCUCAUACUGCUCUUUUUAAUUUGGAAAAGGAAAAAAAGUAUCGAUUCUCUCAUCAAAUCGAGAUUGCAUCCUAUGUCAAGGAUAAUCCUGAAGCUUUUUGUUUUAAUAGAGAAAUUGAUAAUAUUAAAAAUAGAUUGAGUACAGUUUUAUCGAGAUAUAAAAAAUCUUUUACAUCAAUUGGUAGAUAUACAGGAAUGUGGUCAAAUUAUAGAGAGGGAGAUGAUGGACUUUCUGAGUUGGACUUUGAUCAAGGCGAGGAGGAGGAAGAUGAUCCUACUACUACAGCAGCUGGCGGUGGUAAAAAGAAAAGAAAAAAAGCUAAAAAGGCAACCCCCGUUUCCUCUGGCAAUACCUCUACCUCUUCCACAUCGACCAACUCAUCAUCUUGUACAUCUCCAUCGAUUUGUUCAACCCCAUCUUCAUCCUCCCCAACGUCGACCUUUACUCCUUCGACAUCCUUGAUCAAAAGUCCAUUACAAGCAAUGCAAAUCCAACCAUUAAAUGGAUCCUCCUCCUCCUCUAUGCAACAAAGUGGACAACAGAUUUACUUGACUCCUAAAAACAGAACUACUCUACCAUCUACUUUAUCACCAUCUAUGUAUUUACAUCAAUCUAAUACCGGUAACGAUAAUAAUCAACAAAUGAAUUCAUCUUCAUCUUCUUCCUCGUCCUCGUCUAAUAAUAAUCCACAUUCAUUGAUUCUUAGUUCUCCCAAACUUUCACCAGAUUCAUCCUCCACUACACCGCUACUAAAUAAUUCACCAAAUAUUAAUUAUUUUUCACCACCUCUGUUUUACUCGAUUCCAACAACCGCCACCACGACAACGACUACAUCUGCCCAGCAGGUUGUUGGACCAUCUGGAUACCCAAACAAUUUUGGAAACCAAUCCUUUAACAAUAAUAAUAAUAAUGGUAAUAAUGGAAACAAUGCUGGAAAUAAGUACAAGUACGAUGGCUACAAUAACACUAGUGGUGGACCAAACACCUCGAUGACAGAAUGUAGCCUUUGUCACUGCAAGAAAAUGUCUUACAAGUGCAAGAUGACCUACUGCUCAAAGUAUCUUUGUCAUGACUGCCUUCUAGACACUUUCCCAAAUUGUCUACCAAAGUUACCAUCAAAUGAAAGCGAAUGGAGUUGUCCAUCUUGCUCUCAACUUCAACAACACCAUCAACAUCAACAUCACCAACAACAACAUCAACUUCAACUUCAACAACAACAACAUCAACAUCAACAACAUCAACAACAACAACACCAUCAACAACAACAACAACAACAAAAUGGAUAUUUAAACAUGUUUAAUAACACCAACUAUGGAGUUUAUUCAAAUUGUACAUCCCCUUUAAAUCAAUUUCCACCUCCACCACUUGUUCAACCACAACAACCACCUCAACAGCCACAACCAGUUAAAUAUGGUAAGAAACUUACAACUUUUGAUGAAACCAAUAAUAAUAAUAAUAAUAAUAGUCAUAAAUCAAAUAAUACUACUCCAAAACGUAAUAACGAUUCAAGAGACAAUUUUUUUAAUAACACUGAUUUCAAUAAUAAUAAUAAUUCGAAUUUUGAUCAAUCAAUUCAACAACAACAACAAUUAAAUUCAAAAGAUUUGAAAAGAUUUAAAUCAUCAUCAUCACAAUCUCCAGGAGGGGAUCAGUUUAAUCACUUUUCCCCAAUCGCAACAUCCUCGUCAUCGUCCUUUUCAUUUGGCAAUGAAGGGAAUACCAAUCUUUUUCCAAACCCACAAUUCGUACCUCCCCAAAGACUUCCAUUAAAUGGAUGGAAUGUCAAUCAACAACAACAACAACAACAUCAACAACACCAACAACAUCAACAACAACACCAACAACAACAACACCAUCAACAACAAAAUCAACAACAACAUCCACAACAACAACAACAACAUCAACAACAAAACUAUAUUCUACCAAACUUUCAGGUACAAUUCCAAUCACUAUCCAUGACAGGUCAACAACCCAACCAACAACAUAAUAACAUCCCCAACAACUCUUUAUUACUAUCGCCAGUAUCAAACAAAUCGCCCGAAACUACCAAAACCUAUUAA